AUGUCUGGAAAUCCUAAAUACGUGGAGGACGAUGCUUCUUCAGGCUCUGGGGAAGACUUGAACAUGCUAGAUGGUAACAGUAAACGUCCAUUAGCAACUCCAGGUACAGGGCGUGCAAAGAGAAACCGUAAGGCUACUGGAGAUGCCAUAGUUGAUGCUAUGCUGGAAAUAGCAGCUGCUUCAAAGAUGAGGGCAGCUGCAAUUAUGCGGAAUGAGGAGCGCUUUGCCAUUAGCAAGUGCAUCAAAGUUUUGGAUGAGUUGCAAGGCCUUGACCAACAAAUCUAUUUUUUUGCACUGGAUUUGUUUGAGAAUUCCAAUGCCCGGGAAACUUUCAUUAGUCUUAAGAGUGAAAGAAGAUUAGCAUGGCUGCAACGCAAGUUUAGUGCAUCCUGUAGUUCAGCAACCUGA